CUCCCUGAAUGAGACUUACCUGCUGCUCUGGCACCUAGUCCUGUCCUGUCGUCCAGCAUUGUGUGUCUGAGGCUCCUGCAUGGCAGCGCUGAUAGUGACACUGAUAGCGCUAAGCUCCCCACUGGCUUUGGCUGGGGACACACGACCACGUUUCUUGGAGCUGCUUAAGUCUGAGUGUCGUUUCUUCAACGGGACGGAGCAGGUGCGGUUCCUGGAAAGACACAUCUAUAACCAGGAGGAGUUCCUCGUCUUCGACAGCCACGUGGGGGAGUACCGGGCGGUGACCGCGCUGGGGCGGCCUGAAGAAGCCUGGAACCGCCGGAAGGAACUCCUGGAGCUGAAGCCGGUCCAGGUGGACAACUGCAGACACAACUCAGGGAUUGAGAGCUUCGCAGUGGGGAGGAGAGUCCAACCUCAGGUGACUGUGUAUCCUGCAAAGACCCAGCCCCUGCAGCACCACAGCCUCCUGGUCUGCUCUGUGAGUGGGUUCUAUCCAGGCAGCAUUGAAGUCAGGUGGUUCCGGAACGGCCAGGAAGAGAAGGCUGGGGUGGUGUCCACAGGCCUGAUCCAGAAUGGAGACUGGACCUUCCAGACCCUGGUGAUGCUGGAAACAGUUCCUCAGAGUGGAGAGGUUUACACCUGCCAAGUGGAGCACCCAAGCGUGAUGAGCCCUAUCACAGUGCAAUGGAGAGCACAGUCUGAAUCUGCACAGAGCAAGAUGCUGAGUGGAGUCGGGGGCUUUGUGCUGGUCCUGCUCUUCUUGGUGCAGGGCUGUUCAUCUACUUCAGGAAUCAGAAAGGACGUUCUGCACUUCGGCCAUUAGGACUCCUGAGCUGAAGGAAAGAUGACCACAUUCAAGGAAGAACCUUCUGCCCAGCUUUGCAGGAUGAAAAGCUUUCACGCUUGGCUGUUGUUCUUCCACAAGAGAGAGCUUUCUCAGGACCUGGCUGCUACUGGUUCAGCAACUCUGCAGAAAUGUCCUCCCUUGUGGCUUCCUCAGCUCCUGCGCUUGGCCUGAAGGCCCAGCAUUGAUGUCUAUGCCUCAAGGUCAACUUUUGUGCUCCUCUUUACCUAACCCUACAACCUCCCAUGUGUCUGUACUCACCCUGUGCCACAAACAUGUUACAUGAUUAAAUUUUUCACAAACAUGGAGUUA